AUGUCUGAUGAAGAAGAAGAAGAAGAUAAUGAUGAUGAUCUAGAAUCACAACUAUCAAUUGAACAAAGAGUUGUGAAUCAAUCAGAUCUCGAUGCAUUAACAUGUCCGAUAUGUCUGUCUCUGAUGACUUCUCCCGUCAAACAAUGUGUGUCUGGUCAUCUUGGUUGUGAGAGUUGUUUGGAAAAGGUUGCAGAGACAACUGGUAGAUGUCCACAAUGUAGAAUACGUAUCUCAAAAGGAAAAUUGUCAAGAUCACUACUUGCUGAUCAAAUGUUAUCAUCUCUAAAGGUUGGUAUAUUAUCGGUAGUUGGGUCCAUGGAUAUUCAUUGUGAGAAUCAAUUUAGAUAUAAUAAAGAAACAGAUAAAUGGGAAAAGGAUGAAAAUGGAUGUCAAGAGAUUACAACUGUAGCAACAUCAGAUGAUCACAUGAAAACGUGUAAAUAUAAUCUUUUAAAAUGUCCCUUUGGAGAAGACUUUUGUGAUUUUACUGGAACAAAAGAAGAAGUUGAUAAACAUAUUCUAAGCGAAUUAUCUGAUCAUAUUGCAGGCAAUCAUCAAUAUAUGAAUUGUCAGAUCGAGUCACUUAAACAACAAUUUAAUGAAUCAAUAGAAUCAUUCAAGGAAUCAUACAAUCAACAAAUGAAUACACAAAUCCAGUUACUUCAACAACAAAUUAAAUCUAUUGAAUUUACAAAUGUAUAUACGGAUGAAAAGCUUAGAAAAUACAAGGAAAAAACAAAAGAAAUGAUCAAACAUACACCAGCAGUUCAAUUUGAAUGGGUUAUUGAAAACUUUGGUGAAAAAUAUAAAUCAAAAACUGACCAAGAGUCUGAUGAUUUUAAAAUGGGUGGUUUCGAUUGGUACAUUGCUUCUUAUAUGGACAGUAACGAGGAUGACACUGGUCAGUUAGGAUUUUAUGUUCAUUUGCACAACAAUCCUGGAAAAUUGGUAAAGAUGUGUUUUACUUUGGAAGUGGUGUUCUCUUGCUCACAAAGCUACUCUGAACAGCUUACCUAUAUUUAUGACCACACAGAUACUGGAUCGGGGUUUGAUCGAGACCCAGAAAUAUAUUUGAAAGGAAUACAAGACAAUGAUUCUGUCACUGUUCAAUUCAAAGGUUUUGUCUCAUCGAUUAAAGAUGAUCCAGAUUUUAAAAAAUGA